AUGUGCUCGUCUCGAUUUUGGUGUCUUUCCCGGUCAAGAGACGGAUUCCAGCUUUUCGACUUGUCGUUUUUCUGGGACACGAACAAGCUUUCUGGUCCGAGACUGCAAACAUGGCCAAGCCCUCCUGGAGACAAGACGUUCGACCAGAAGGCAUACGACGACAAAUCAUCCAAUAAGGAGCCGUCCACUGAAGAGCCAUCCAGCGAGGAAACGGCCCAACAAGGAGUCGCCUAG